GAAGACCAAACCAAACCCCGCACAAAACCCCCGAAAACCCCAUCGCCCACACUCUUGGUGGCUCUGUCUUAACGCCACCUUAAUCCGCCGCCAUGUCACUCUCCACAGCCGUCCAAAACUCACUUUUCAAACCCAAGAACGGCGGCGUCACCACAUCCACCACCACGACUGUCAUCAAACAUCGCUUCAUCUCAUUUCUCAUAUGGCAAUCAAUCCUCUCCACAGUCUCUCUGCUCCUCGUCAAAACCCUCCUUCUUUACCCCUUCCGCUCCAAAAAUUCCCCCUCAAUCCUUCACUCCCUGUUCUCUUUCCUCGCCUUCCACGUGUCCCUCCUUCUCUUCUCUACCAGUCUUUUUAUCAUCUCCUCUCCUCACCGGCAGAAACCCGGUUCCCCUCUCGACCUCCUCCUCACUUCGGUUCGGCUGAUUUUUGUCCACACUGAUAAUCCCAGUUUGUCGCCUGAGGCUCGGCAAGCCGUGAAGUUUUCUUUGAGCUUUGCUCUUUUUCUGGUGGUUUCGGCUCUAUCAGGGUUUGUUGCAUUGAUUUCGAUAUGUUGGAGUAGCGGCGCGUUUCAUCAGACGAUGCCAUGGCGUGUGGUGGUUGCGAUGCUAGGGUUUAGGGGUUUUCUUAUCGGAUUGCCUUAUGGAGUUUAUUAUUUGUAUAAGCAGAGAUGGGUUUUGCAGUUUCCUAUUGUUCAGCGCCCUUUGUUCUUCAGUUUUAAGAUGGGUCUUCCUUCUGCUUUUGGGCAAGCUUUGAAACUUUCAACUGCCGCCUACUUCUUUUCAUCAGUGGUGUUAUUCUUCCUUCCUGAUGAGUAUGGAAGCAAUUUUGCUAUUGGAAAAUAUAUUGCUCAACAGAUUAUCUUCUAUAUUGGAACUUUUUUGGUGUUUCUCUGUUGGGAAUUAAGUCACCAUUUGCAUCAGAUACUACAUACUAAGAGGUUCAUAUUUGCACCCCCAAAAGGAUCAGCUGCAGCUGAAACAAAUCCAAGUGAGUAUCUUUUAGCUGCACUGGAGGAGAGUACUCCAAAAUCUCUUUUGCAGUAUCUGGCUUAUCUUGAUCUCUGUAUGGUCUGUGAGAGAAAUGUUGAUACCUGGCGCCGAGCUGCAUUCUUUGAAGAAACUGGAGAGACUUACAGAAGAGUUAUCUCUGUAUGCUUGAGGCCUCUGGAGCAACUCGCUCUGAAUUUGGGUGCAGGUCUAGAGAGCUCACUAGGUGAGAAAUCUGCCUAUCUAUCUGAUCAAUUGCGCUCACCGACUGACAGACUUGGAGAUUCAAGACUACAUGAAUCAUUUAAUGAUUUCCAGCUAUGCGCAUGGUGUGCUCGGAUAGUAGCUUCAUUGACUGCAAGUUCACGCAAGGAGGACCGAUUUGGUGUUGCUCAGCUGUCUGGGAACAACACUGCUGUUAUAUCAACAUUGCUGUCUGCAUUAUUGGUUGUUGAAACUUUCAUGGGGAAGAAGACCAAUAUACAAUCUUCUCAUCAUUUGAUGGGUGCUGCUGGAAUUAAAUGGGCCCAAAUGGGCACAGCAAGCCGAGAUUCUGCUGUGGGUCUUAGCGAGAAAAGAAGAGGUAGCCCUAUCUAUAUGAAGGCAUAUGCAAUGGCUGAUAUACUGAGAACUUCCAUUUACUGCAUUGUGUCCGCUUUCCAUGACGAGAUGCUGGAUAGUGCUAAAGCAGGACAUCUUGAGAAAGACUGGAUAAGCAGCAGUAAGGUUCUUUAUGGAACGCGAGAGCUGCUUUCCCAGAAAUUACGUCUUUUUCUGGAUUUUCGAGCAUGCUAGUGAGACUUUUGACCUGUGUCUUGCCAUUUUGUGAUGCCCCAUUAGGCCAAUUUUGAAGUGGGUCUUUUCUGCUUGAGAUGGCGCAACUGUAACAAGGGAUAUUAGAUGAUUACAUGUUUAUCUGGCAAAUCAAGGGUAUUAACUAUAAAUGGUUAUGCAUUUUUGUCUGCUGCUGUAGAGAAGUUGCACAUGGUUUGUAACACUAAGCUGAAUACGAAAUUGUACAACACGAAGAGGGAAGAAGUUAGCAUGCUCGGGCUUUUCUCCUCGUUUUUGUAAA